AUGUCGUUAGCACAAUGCACCGCCCUCCGCAGCGUGUUGCGAAAUAAACGACUCCCUACACUCUCUACCAAACGCUGUUUCGGCACUCACACGACCAUUACCCACAUAGAAUCACUCUCCAUCCUACGCAACAGCCGCAGACGCACUCGCCAGCUAGUGAUACAAACGCCCAAUUGCAAAUUCACUCAGAGUUCCACUUUACUAAAGAAGAAAGCUCCAAAAGAAAACUCCAGUUCGAAGGAUAAUGAUAAAGGCGCUGCGGCUACGGCUGGUGCUGGGGAGGACCCGUUCGACUUCACCCAGCUACAUGAUAGCAUCAAAGAUGCCGUGACGAAGCUGAAAGAUGACCUUGCGAAGCUAAGAGGAGGUGGAAGAGUUACCCCCGAAGCCAUUGAGAACCUACGAGUGGUGUUGCAUACGGUACCUGGUUCUGAUGCUGGAAAAGGGAAGAAGGGCGCGAGCUCCCCGAACAAGGAGACGGUGAGAUUAGGAGAAGUCGCGUCAGUUAUUCCAAAGGGCGGCAGGUCGGUGUCUAUACUAGUUGGGGAGGAACACGAUGUCAAACCGGUGAUGUCUGCCAUUAAAGCAUCUGAUUUAUCACUUAAUCCGCAAGCAGACCCUAACAACCCACUACAAUUGAACGUCCCCAUCCCGCCUCCUACGAAGGAAUCCCGAGACCAGACAGUUAAAGAUGCUAAGGUGGCUAUGGAGAAAGCAUCUAAUGCUGUACGGAAUGGACGUGCCGCCUUGAAUAAGAAACUGAAAGGCAAAGAGGUGAAGAAGAAUAGGCCAGAUGAGGUACGAAAGGCCGUUGACCAGAUGGAGAAGAUUGCCGAGAAGGGCCAGAAGGAAGUGAAGGACAUCUUUGACGCCGCGAGAAAGGCACUGGAGGCCUGA